AUGAACAUAUCCACAUCUACAAUUCUCCAGGAGCGUAGACGUCCUCAUCAGUCUGCACAAAGAGAAGAGGAGGACGCAGCCAAACUAUACUUUGGUCCAGAAUUUGAUGUACGACAGACCUCACAUGAUGGUACAGAAGCCCCAUUGAUCGCUUUGAAUUUGUCGGAAACAAGACUACUCAUCAACGCUGCUUUGCAACAACGUAGAAGGGACAAUGAAGGGGAGUCUUCAGGAGACAUCAACGAUGAGGAUGAGGAAGAUUUUUCGAACUCGAAUGAAAUUCUACGGAAAACGCAAGAGUAUUUAUCGGUCUUCGCCAGGUUCAAGGACGAGCAAACGGUAAGCGCGGCUGAGCACUUACUAAAAUCUCAAGAAAAUGCGGAUCUCCAUCCAUUCGAAAUUGCUCAACUAGGCUCGUUGGUUUGUGAGGAUGCUGAAGAAGCCAAAUCCCUUAUACCAAGUUUGGCAUACAAAAAGAAUGAUGAAGAACUGCAAGUACUUCUUGAUAACUUACGCCGCUUUGGUUAA